AUGGGCCGCGCACAGCCAGGCGGGCGCAGCGCAGCCGCGGCCGCGCCUGCGGCCUCGCGGGACGCGCUGCAGAGCCGCAACUCCCGCGAGAUCGCGUGCAACCUGCGCCUGGAUGACGGCGAGGCCGCUACGGCCGGCGACGAGUUCUCCUCGCCCUUGUCCUCCCUGGACGCCCCGCUGCCGCACCACCCAGCACCGCUGCCGCCCGCGUCGACGGGCGCGGCGUUGGGCGGGGCUGGCGGGUACGUGCCCCGCAUGGCGUCUCUGGCGGAGCAGCAGUCUGACCCAGACGUAGGGGGCCCGGACGGCGCAGACCAGGACGGCCGCAACGAUGAUGUCAUGUCGCCGUUCGGUGCACUGGCUUCCGCGCCAGCCACGAUCCAAGACACAGGUGGCGAGCCGCCCAUGCUUGGCCCCAGCGCCGCAGGCAAGCCUGCCGGCGGCAAGGGCGAUCCGAGCGGCACGGCCGGCGGCGGCGGCGGCGGCGAUGACGGGGGCAUGUACCGCACCGGCAGCGUCGUCGCUGGCGCGCCGUCCAGCGGCCGGCGGAAGCGGCGCCUGGUGUCGGUUCGUCGCGUCAUGCGCGACGCGUACGAGUACCACGGGCUCAACGGGCUGUUCGUCUUCUUCCUGUUUGCGAUCCUCACAAACUUCGUCCUGUAUUUCCAUUGGACCAACACAACCGCCGUCUUCAAAAACACUGUGCAGUACAGCUUUAAGUCGUAUGGCAACCCAGACUGGCAGGGGCAGUCGCUCGUAAACGUGGACACGAUGAACGACGGCGUGGAGUACAUCGGCGGCUGGCUGCAGUUUUGGAUACAGCGCGCCAUGGCCGUAGACUGGCCGCGCGCCCGGCCGGCGUUCCCUGGGGAUCAGGUGCGUGUGGGUGAGUACGGCGACGUCGUGUUCGCGCGGCUGCUGGUCAACCUGGAAAACAACUGCAACCACGGGACACUGGCAUGCUGGAAGGCAGACGAGGCCGACGUGACGCCGAACGGGCCGCGGACGCUGCUCGAGCGCGGGUGGCGGAAUGUGGGGCCAAAGGACUACCAGAUGUCCACACAGGCAAGCUCCCUGAAGGCUCGGACGACCGGGAAGGAGAAGCCGUCAGAUUGGUUCAGCUUUGUUGUGGUCGCACCCAAGCUCGGCACCAACAACGGCACUCGCGUGCAGUACCUGCGGCGCCUGUUCUCCGGCUUCACCUCCGACACCUCCCUAAACUACGACGACAGCGCCACCAGUGAGGCCCUGGCACAGGCCUGCCCAGACGCCGCCAACGGCACCCUCCUAUCCUUGGACGACGCGACCCAGGAGGCCUCCUGCACGCCCGGUGGCAAGGGCAGCGGCAUCAAGACCCUGGAGGACCUGAAGCCUUACAUUGCCAGGAACGCGUUCGCGGUGGUUAUGGAGGUUUUGGCGGUCGACGUGAUGUCGACGAAGGAGGCCCCUGACAUGGCGCUGUUCUCGAUGAACGUGCAGCGCAGCGACAUCCCCAGCAACACGCCGGACCGGGCAAUGUGGCAGAUCACCACGACCCUGCCCGUGCGCCGCAGCUUCUACACACUACGGCCAUGGGACUACGUCCGCGCCGGCCUGGAGGUGCUGCUGCUGCUCUGCGUGGCGACGGUGCUGUCGGCGCAGGUGUGGCAGUACCGCGUCAGCAAGUGGCAGCAUGGACGGGUGGGGGUCUUCUUCAAGCAGCCGUGGAACAUAUUCGAGCUGCUCAGCACCCUGGCGCUGUGCCUUUGGAUCAUCCUAUACGUCGUGCUGGCGAUCGUGCUGAGCAGACUGGCGCCCAGCUGGCGCCCUGAGGACUGGAACUCUAUCGGCGGAGCUACCGACAGCCAGCUGCGCAGCAUGACCUCGUUUGCCUACUGGUACAACCUCUGGCUGUUUGGCGGCAUCCUGGUCAACUCGCUGGUCUGCCUGCGCAUCCUGCGCUACAUGCGCAUCCACCCCGGCCUCAAGGCAUUCUACCAGGCGAGCUCGCCAGGCCGGGGUCAGAGGGGUGGAGAGGGCGGCAGGAAGGGGGGCCGGGGGGCGGCAGGCGGGGCCGAGUGGGGGGCCAAGAGGAGGGUGUUUGUCAUCGCGGCGCGCGAGUUCCUCGAUUUCGCGGUGUUCCUUGUCUACAUCCUACUGCUCCUGGGGUCGGCCAUAUUCGCGUUCUUCCAGCUCACGGGGGGCAACAACCAGUUCGUGCGGUUCUCGGACGGCCUCAGCGUCAUGACGCGGCUCACAUUUGGUUUCCUGUCCUACGAGGACUUCCAGAACCAGGCCCUGGGCCUCGGCUCGGCCGUCUCUGCUGUCACCCUCUUCUUCUGGUUCGGCGUGCUGCUGCUCGUCGUGUUCAGCCAAAACAUAAUCCUGGCCAUUGUGGCGGAGGCCUACGAGGAGGCCAAGGUGCUGCUGGGCACCGCCAACACGUCGUUUGUGGUGCUCAUCUUCCUGAGGGUCGUCUUCCUGUUCGUCCUGGCGAGCUUCAAG